AUGUCCAGCACAAAGGCGACGGCUAUGAGCACUCGCUCUCCCACAAUUAAACGAAUAUUACGAGAGGCAGCUGAGAUAUCCAACUCGCCGUCCCGGGACUACUCCGCACACCCUCUAGAAACGGAUUUAUUCGAAUGGCACUUUACUCUGCGCGGACCGCCGAACUCCGUAUACAGCGAGGGUGUGUACCAUGGCCGCAUCGUGCUACCGCCAACGUAUCCCCUCCGCCCUCCCAUGUUUCGCUUCACUACACCCAACGGGCGGUUCGAGGCGAACCGCGAAAUAUGCCUUAGCAUCAGCGGCCAUCACGAAGAGACCUGGCAGCCCGCAUGGGGCGUCCGUACAGCCCUCGUCGCCUUCAUGGAGACUGAAGCGCGUGGCCAACUAGGCGGGUUAGAGACUACUGAUGAUGUGCGCCAACAGCUGGCAAAGGAAUCUGGAGCGUGGACCUGCACAACCUGCGCAAAAUCCAACGCAGAAAUCAUCAAGGACUGUGAAGAACGAUGUCAAGACGCCGACGCCGCUGCGUCGGAUGUCCCCGUUCCACAGGAGCUUAAGAUGGUCUGGAAAGACGAAAUGAAGCCCGAAGGUUUAGAGGCGGAACAUAAGGUCGCCGCGAAUGCGGCCGAGGACUCCGAACUCGCUGAAGGGUUCGUGCAAACGUCUCCUUUACCUCCUGUUCCUGCAUCUCAACGCCCCGAUGCGCCACUGCCACAACCUUACCAGAGACCAAUCCGUGAAGCUACGCAAAAUUCAGCGCCUGCCCAGCAGCCUGGGCUAUACCCUUCUGCAGCUCAGCAUCAAACAACAGAGGAAGCGGUUCCCUUAUGGAUAGAUCGGGCUAUAGUGGUUCUUGUGGUUCUACUUGUUGCAUUACUCAUCAAGGUGCUCUUUGGAUUAUGA